AUGCGCACCCGACCAGCUCUCGCCGCCCUCUUUGCCGCCGCGACCAUCGCGAGCGCUCACGGCGACCACGCCGAGGUCGAGGACAACCCAGACGCCACCUACGCAGAGCUCCACAUGGCCCAAGAGCACCACAUGGACAGCUUCGACAUCCAGGCCUUCUUCCACCUCCACGACCUCAACCGCGACGGCGUCCUCGACCGCAACGAGCUCGAGUCGAUCUACGGCGUCCACCACGAGAAGCGCCGCAAGGGCGCCAAGAACCUCGAGGUGCACACCCAGCAGGCCGUCGAGAUCGUCGACCAGGUCCUCGACCGCCUCGACACGAACCGCGACGGCGUCUUGACCAUGCGCGAGUUUGUCGCCGGCGGCGUCGGCGGCUUGCCCAACUUCAAGGGCGUCGAGCACCUCGGGCACCACUACGACGCCGAGGGCGAGUACUUCUUGCACCACGAGGAACGGUACCAUAACACGCCCGAGACGCAGCGCGAGGAGGACUACGUCCACCCCGAGGACAUCGAGCACUUUAUGUCGCACGAGGCGAUCGAGGACGAGGAGGACGAGCGCAUCCGCCAGUUUACGGGCGAGGACCCGGACAUUGACCCGGCGGCGCACGUCACGCCCGAGCAGCUCGAGCAGCACGUCUUCAACGAGCUCAACGGCCUCGCCGACGAGCCGACGACCGACUCGGAGAAGGACUUUGUCAAAAAGGCCGUCGAGGACGAGGACAAGCACAACCCGCACGCCGAGAUGGUCAAGCCCCGCGAGCCCUUCUCGGCCCCGCCGCCCGUCUACAACCCGGGCGCCGCCAACGACGCGUCGCAGCAGCGCCAGCAGCGCCAGAAGGAGCUGCGCGCCGAGGCGGUCCGGCGCCUGCAGGACAGCAACGCGCGCGCGGGUGCGGGCGCGCCCAAGGCGCCGGCGGCGGCGGCGCCGACGACCGAGCAGGAGCGCCAGCGGCGCGAGCGCGCCGAGGCGGCGCGGGCCCAGGCGGCCAAAUUUGCGCGCGACGUGCGCGAGGCGAGCGCGAGGGGCCAGUACGCCGGCGCCGAGGCUGGCGGCGCGAGGGGCGAGCAGGUCAACUUUGGGAGGCCAAAGGACGCCGCGGAUCGGCUCAGGAGGAACGUGCCGUACAAGUACAAGGUCCGCAACAGCUGGUUCGGCGAGUUCUAGUCGCAGCCCUCGCCGCCUCUCCCCCUCUCUCUAUAUCGCCCUUCUCUCUCAGUAUCUAGCUGGCCUCGACUACUCUGUGUACCAUCCCCGUCCCCUCGUCCCCUCGCUCGUCGCCG